GAAGCAAAAAUCUUACACUGCGUUUCGAAAUUACGAAAAUACCAGCUUCUGGUAAAUUUUGGAGUCAUCCACAGUUUUCUUUCGAGCCACAGCCUUCAUUUCCCCAUACCUCAUAAACACUGCCAACUUAGACCACGGGUAGAUUUGAACCCGUUUUCUGUACAAAACACAACUCUGAAAUAUUAUGAAUGACGCAUGCGCAGUAGAACUGCGCAAAUUCGGGCGUCUUGUUGCCAAAGCAACAACGGAAAAAAACCAGCCGCACUGUACUGUCCCUGUUACUUUCUCACUGCUCAGAAAGAUCUAGAAAUAAAGCAGCGGCCGCACAUUCAUGGGGAUUCAAGAGACUUCUGCAAGGAUCAGGAACUUUCUAAGAAGUUCAUAUAAAUGGUUAGAGGAGAAACCCAACCCUCUGAUUGCAGAGUGUUGAAGGAAUAUCCUCAUCCGAAGAAACUAAACGUAGGCUACUAUACACAGUGUACUCGUUGACAGUCCAGAUUACUUGGAUGGAUUUAAAAUAUGGCAGUUGUUGGAUUUGAUAUUGGAUUUCAGAACAAUUACAUCGCUGUAGCCAAAGGUGGAGGAAUUGAAACGGUGGCAAAUGAAUUUACAGACAGAUGCACGCCGGCUGUUGUGUCCUUUGGCUCCAAAAACAGAAACAUUGGAAAUGAAGCAAAAAAUCAGCUGAUUACGAAUUCCAAGAACACUGUGUUCAACUUCAAGAGAUUUCAUGGCCGGUCUUUUGAUGACAUCAUUGUGCAGAGUGAGAGGGCUAAUGUGCCCUAUGACUUGGUCCCAGUAAAUGAUGGCAGAGUUGGAGCCAAGGUCAUGUAUCUGGACAAGGAACACCAGUUCAGUAUAGAGCAGCUUACUGCUAUGCUCCUGACAAAGCUGAAAGAUACAGCUGAGGCUAAUAUACAGAAGAAAGUGGUAGACUGUGUCAUAUCUGUUCCUACCUUCUUCACUGAUGCAGAGAGGAGACGUGUGCUGGAUGCUGUUCAGAUUGCUGGAUUAAAUUGCCUGAGGCUUAUGAAUGAUACCACAGCAGUUGCGUUAAGUUAUGGAAUAUACAAGGAGGACCUUCCAUCCCCAGAUGAAAAACCAAAAAUUGUGAUUCUUGUCGAUAUGGGCCACUCAGCCUUUCAAGUGUCUGCCUGUGCAUUUAAAAAAGGAAAGCUAAAGGUUCUAGCAACAGCAUUCGAUACUCAUUUUGGAGGUAGGGACUUUGAUCAGAGGCUGGUGGAGUACUUCUGCACAGAGUUUAAUGCUAAGUACAAACUGGAUGUGAAGUCACGGGUUCGAGCUCUACUACGUCUCCAGCAGGAAUGUGAGAAGCUGAAGAAGCUGAUGAGUAGCAGCUCUAUGGACAUUCCCCUUAAUAUUGAGUGUUUAAUUGAUGAGAAAGAUGUCUCAGGAAAGAUGAACCGAAGCCAUUUCGAGGAGUUGUGCGCGGACUUGAUCGAGCGUGUCACAGUUCCUCUGGUGACAGUGAUGGAGCAGGCUGAGUUGCAAGUCCAGAACGUGAGCGCUGUAGAGAUUGUGGGGGGAGGCACCCGCAUCCCUGCUGUCCGCGCAAAGAUCGCCAAGUUCUUUGGGAAGGACGUAAGCUCUACGUUAAACGCAGAUGAGGCAGUGGCUAGGGGCUGCGCUCUGCAAUGUGCCAUGCUUUCACCUGCAUUUAAAGUCCGUGAGUUUUCCAUCACAGACGUCACCCCAUUCCCAAUAUCCCUCUCCUGGUCUACUGAGGGAGAUGAGUUAAAAGGAUGUCAUGAAGUCUUUGGGAAAAAUCAUGCGAUUCCAUUCUCAAAAAUUAUCACAUUCUAUAGGAAAAACCCUUUUAUUCUUGAAGUGUCUUAUUCAGACCCAUCAUCACUACCAUACCCUGAGUCAAAGAUUGGUGAAUUUGCAGUUCUAAACGUAUCUACCCAGGAUGAUGGAGAGCUAUCAAAAGUGAAGGUGAAGGUGCAAAUUAAUGCCAAUGGGAUUGUUAGUGUGUCCUCAGCUGCCCUAGUGCAGAAAGUGAAAGAGGAAGACUACAAGGCUUGCAGGGCAGAAAGCCUGGAGGAAGAGGCCAUCACGCAGCAAGCAAUUGAUGAACUUGAUGCUCAGGACAAGACACAGGAGAAAGGUGACUCCCAGUUGUCUGAUGAUAUAGAAAAACAGCUGGAGCAAGAGUCUCCCUCUGUGGAGAAAGGUGACAGUCCUCAAAGUCUUAAUGGAGAGUGGAAAGCUCACCAGCCCCCCGACGCCAAAAAGCCGAAGAUGAAAACCAUGCAUGUUGGUCUGCCUGUCAAAGCGAAACUGAUGCAACAGCUGCGAAAGGAAUAUUUGAACACUUACGCACAGAUGGAGGGUGAAAUGAUACUACAAGAUCAACAUGAGAAGGAGAGGAACAAUGCUAAAAAUGCAGUAGAAGAACACGUAUACUACUACAGGCACAAGCUGGAGGGACCUUUCCGGAAGUUUCUCAGUGCAGUGGAUCAAGACAAAUUUUGUCAGCUGCUGACUCUGACAGAGGACUGGCUAUACGAUGAAGGAGAGGAUCAGGACAAACAGGUGUACAUGGACAAGCUGGCAGAAAUACAAAAACUAGGCACGCCUGUUCAGGAAAGAUACGAGGAAGCAGAGCAGAGGCCUAAGCUGUUUGAAGAGCUCACGUCCAAAACCCAGUCUUAUGUGAAGAUUAUAGAGGACUACAGGAAUGGGGAUGAUAACUACACCCACAUUGAUACACAAGACAUGGAAAAAGUGAGCAAGUGUGUGAAAGAAACGCAGGAGUGGCUGGCCAACAUGAAAAACACACAGGACAAACUCAGCUAUGACCAGGACCCUGUGGUGCGUAGCUCUGAGAUCCAUGCAAAGCUUCAGGAGCUAGAGAGCGCGUGUGAGCCAGUGGUGACCAAGCCAAAGCCCAGGGUGGAAUCUCCAGUGGAUGAGAGUAAGCAGAUGAAACCAGAGGAGGAUUCUCCAGCACAGACCACAUGGGAAAAUGGGACAUUCAGCACGGAGGUGGAGGAUGUGACAUUGAAACAGGAGGGACUGCAGAAAAUAGAGAAGCCUAACCUCAGUAUGGAAUUAGACUGAACCUUCAGGUGUCAUGUCACAUUACAUCAUAUAAAGCAAAGAGAAAUGCCAAUUUGUGUCUGUGCUGUAUGGCAAGUUAUUUCAGAAAAUUGAGUUUCUUUCCCAAAACAUUUGACAUGUCACUACAAAGUAAUAAAGCACUUUUUUGUUCAUUCUGAGUUUAUGGAAAUUUCCCUUUCUGUUACUAGUUAGCCUUGUGAUAUUCCUUUUUUGUGUGUCGGAAUCAUAUUUGUGUUUCCAGUCGUGUUCUGAAAAAUAAUGCUGAAUUAUAGUCUCUCCUAUAUCUCUUAGGAAAAAAAAACACCACAGUGAUGUUGUACAUGGCUUGUUGUACUGGAAUAAAGUAUUUAUUACACUCAAA